AUGGCAAUAGUAGUUGCCAAGAGUUGGUGGUGGUGGUGGCGGUGGCAGCGGCUGUGCAACGGUGGUGGAGCGAGUGGUGAUGGUCUCGUGUGGCAUGUGAUGAAGCAUUUAAUGGUGGUGGUGGUGGCAGCAGCAAUGCUUGGUGGUAAUGGUGAUCCUAAUGGUGGUGGUGGUGGUGGUGGUGGUAAUGGUGAUCCUAAUGGUGGUGGUGGUGGUGGUGGUAAUGGUGAUCCUAAUGGUGGUGGUGGUGGUGGUGGUGGUAAUGGUGAUCCUAAUGGUGGUGGUGGUGGUGGUGGUAAUGGUGAUCCUAAUGGUGGUGGUGGUGGUCGUGGUGAUGGUAAUGGUGAUCCUAAUGGUGGUGGUGGUGGUGAUGGUGGUGGAUAA